UGUUGUGGCAUUUGGUUCUACAGCUACUUCAAAGACACCUGUUGCAUUUGGGUUUGGAGCGACGCCAUCUCCUACUACUGGCUUCAACUUUGGGGCGAAGGCAACUCCAGCUGCACCAAAGGCGGCAUCGUCAGCCUACCCCCCAGACACGAGCUCGAAGCCCGUCGUUGCGUUUGGCUCUACGACUGCUCCGAAGGCUUCAUCAGCGUAUCCUCCUGAUACGAGUUCGAAGGUGCCUGUGGGGUUUGAGUUUUCAGCGACGCCACCUAUUACUACAAGUUCCAACUUUGGGGCCAAGACAACUCCAGCUGCCCCAAAGGCGUCGUCAGCCUAUCCUCCUGACACGGGCACGUCUCCACCAGUAGGUUUCGGUGCCACGAAAGCCCCAUCCUUAGCCACCACCAGCUCGCUCAAGUUUGGCGCCCCAUCAGCUCCACGUCCUUCCGCGGCGCCCUCGACGGUCAAAGUAGAUCCAAACACGAUCGAAUUGCAAAAAGCCAUGCCAGCGAGUGCGUGGGAAGGCGCGAUGUGGAACCUAAUCAACGAGUUUGAUCGCACGUUUCAGAGAAUUCGUCGCGAAGACGACAAGUUUGUCAAGCACAAGAGCGAGUCGGAGGCGGCAUUCAUUCAGUCGUUGAAAGACCUGCGGGCCAAAGUGCUGGGUAUGUGUGGCGCCGUGGACAAACUGAAUGACGAGCUGAACGUGGUGGAAACCGACUUGAAGGUCGUGGCUGGCAACUGCAGUGACAUCGACGUGCAACUCGAGUGCUCCAACCGUCUGCUCAAGGCCAUGCACGACAAGAGCGUCAUUGCACACCUGGAAGACCAACCGUUGGACCAACGGUCGCAGAACACGCGCAUGGCGCUGCGCAGUCAGUUGGAAGCGAUUGAACGGUUGCGUGUGGAAGUGGAGAAGCAUGUGACAGCAUUGAAGGGCGCCGCGUUGCCUCACCACACCGCCUCGACCAGGUUGAACGACGCGGCCCAGCUGUUUCGUGUGCUUAAGCUCAACUACGACACGUCGAAACGAGAAUACACGCGGGUGUUGGAGCUCGCAGAGACAUUCAAGCAAUUGGAACUCCAGCAUCAACACUACACCAAGAGCCUCCCCAAGCCGACGCCCCCUGUGGCCACGAAGGAGCUGCUGCACCAAUUGCGUCGACAGCACGACACUGAGGCGACGUUCCGGUCGAACUUGGCCAAGUGGACGAGCCAGCCGAUUGUGCCCCGGGAAGUGUCGGCCCCAAUCAAACGCCAACCUCUCUCAGAAACCAUCUCCGCGUCCAAGCCCGCCCCGGAAGUUCCACAGCGAGUGCCCAGCAAACUCAUGUUUGGGGCUAAGACCACCAUCCCUUCCCAGGCCACCGAAGCCGGCGGUGGGUUAUCGUUCACCAAGCCACCUGUCGACACUGCAACCAAAGUGCCUCUUCUCGAUGCCGACAAGGUCUCUAAAUCUGUGUCGUUUUCGGCCUCCACAAAGCCAGGGGCCGCGUUUAACUUUAGCAAGCCGCCGCCUUCCACUGCUGCGAAACCACCCAGCAGCAUCCGGCCCAACCUUUCGUUUUCGAACGACGACAAUGACGAAGAAGAAAAGACAGACUCCCCUCGAGCGCGAAAGAUGUCGACGAGCAGCAAGAACGGCACGCCAGAACGAUCAUUCAAAAAGUCCCCUAGCACAGGACCCUCGGCUGCCGCCAUCCCAACGAUCAAACCCCUCGACUUUGGAGCCAAAUCCAAGGACAGUAGCAGUGGCACUUCGUCGUUUUCGUUUGCCCCGUCCAUUUCCAAGCCCCCCGCCGCGCCUGUUGUUGCUGCUGCUGCAGUCGUAACACCCCCCCCUCCUUCAACCGCCGCACCGGUCACAACGGCCCCCGACUUGGUCGAGCGAUUGAAGUCGUUUUAUGCUGUGUACAACCCAGGCAAAAGCACAGCUGCCGCUGAAAAGCUGCUUGCGCAAAGCAAAGGAACUGAAGAGCAAGUGUUCCACAAGCUCCUGCAAAAGUACGUGAGCAAGGAUGCCACCGUGGCGCACGCCAAAGCGUACAUGACAUCGGGGAACGUCCCCGAGGCGCUGAAAACUGCUCCUGCCCCGUCAGCCCCCACCCCCGCGACAACAUCCGCACCGCCUGCGUUCGGAAAACCGUCGGCUAGCCCUUUCGGAGCAACGCCUCCGAGUGGGCUGGGGACCCCCUCCACGGCGGCGAAACCGGCCCCAUCACCAUUUGGAACGACUCCAGCCACCGCCGCCAGUCCGUUUGGGUCCACGACGACAGCAGCCGCCUCCAGUCCAUUCGGCGCCGCUGCCACCACCGCCGCGACUCCUCCAGCAGCCAGUCCAUUCGGAACAACUUCGACGGCGUGGCCCAGUGCCACCGCAGCGCCUUCGCCAUUCGGGGCAUCCUCCGGAUUUGGAGUAGACUACCGGUCAAAAGUCGUCGAGUUCUACAAGCAACACAAUCCUGACAAGUUGGCCGAGGUGGACACCGUGCUGCAAAAGUACAAGGGCAAGGAAGAGGAACUGCUCAAGAAAUUGGAAGCCAAGUACAGUAAACCUCAAGGAACCGCCUCGGGAUUUGGCGGUGGCGCCAGCCCGUUUGGUGUUGCGGCCACCCCACCGGCGUUUGGGUCGUCGCCGUUUGGUGCGGUGGCCGCCCAACCAGCUGCCACCGGAUUCGGAGGGGCUUCCCCGUUUGGUGCGGCCGCGGGGAGCUCCCCUGGCUUCGGGGCACCUAGCCCCUUUGGCGCGUCUCCGGCUGCCGCUAGUCCUUUCGGGGCCCAACCUGCUCAACAAGCGCCUACGCCUUCAUUUGGUGCGACCACAGGGUUUGGAAGUACUGGAUUUGGCACCAGUGGUGCUGCCCCAGCCUUUGGCUCGACCACUGCGUUGGGUGGCACUGCCGCGCCUGCCUUUGGAGCGACCACGUCUCUGGGUGGUGGCGCUGCCCCCGCGUUCGGCUCUACACUGGGAGGCGGCGGGUUUGGAGGACUGGGCUCGAACGCGCCAACGUUCGGGGCGUCCUCGACCCUUGGAAACGGUGGUGGCUUCUCGACCUUCGCAUCCAACACGGCUGCCGCACCGAGCUUUGGGCUUGGCGGACAACAAAGCACUUCCACGCCACCCCCUGCCUUUGGUGGCUCUGGCGGCGGAUUUGGCGGUGGGUUUACCAGCACGAGCUUCACACAAGCCCGUCGAUAGUUGGGUAUAUAAUUUUAUUAAGAACCAAUGCAUCCAUCAACUACAA